AGGUGAAAAGGGCGAAAGCCAGCGUAGCGGUUUCCUCGUUUGACAGCAGGGGCUUGUUUUACAGCACAAAACAACAAGGAUGAAGACUUCAAGCGACGGUGCGGAAACAGAGAUAAUCGAGGAGACGUUUAGGUAGCUGAAAGGCCAUCGGCUUUAUCUCUAUCCCCCGGUGUGCGCUACGAAAUUAACUCCAGGCAACUUGAAUAUCGACUGAACUGCAGAUGAAUGUCUGUGCCUUAAGUGUCGCUGGAUUUGUUGUUGUUAGCUGCUAAUGCUAACCAUAGAACUUGCGAGCUAGCUGGCCUAGCAAGCUAAUGGUUCAAGCGAAGAAAAUAUAAUAGCAUAGCCGCACAACGUUAUGUUUGAUUUACUUAAUGCUGUCCAGGUGAACUCGGCGUUGUAUAGCUGAUGGAGCCAGCUAACCUUGGCUUCAGUAGUUUAAGAACUGCAGCUUUGGUUAAGCUUUUAAAGUACCAACCGUAGUAGUUACCUAGCUUGCCAGUUAGCCACCACUAUCCUUGGAAGAAUGAGUAGAAAACACCAUCAUAUUAAAGGAGCAGAAGUCAGCUGCUGCGUGAAAUACUUCUUAUUUGGAUUCAACAUUUUAUUCUGGUUACUAGGAGCAGCAUUCUUGGGCAUAGGCCUGUGGGCAUGGGCGGAGAAGGGCGUGCUGUCCAAUCUGUCAUCCAUCACAGACCUUGGGGGCUUCGACCCCGUGUGGCUCUUCAUCGUCGUCGGAGGGGUCAUGUUCGUCCUGGGCUUUGCUGGCUGUAUUGGAGCGCUCAGAGAGAACACCUUCCUGCUUAAAUUUUUUUCUGUGUUCCUGGGUUUGAUCUUCUUCUUGGAGCUGACUGCAGGAAUCCUUGCCUUCGUCUUUAAGGACUGGAUCAAAGACCAGCUCAACUUUUUCAUCAACAAUAAUGUCAAGGCCUACCGCGAUGACAUCGACUUGCAGAAUCUCAUUGACUUUGCCCAGGAAUAUUGGUCAUGCUGUGGAGCUCAUGGGCCAGACGACUGGAACCUGAACAUCUACUUCAACUGCACUGAGCUGAACCCCAGUAGGGAGCGCUGCGGCGUUCCCUUCUCCUGCUGCCUCAAAGACCCUGCAGAGGAUGUCAUCAACACUCAGUGUGGUUAUGAUGUUCGACUUCAAGGGGAGCUUGACCGGCAGAAAUAUAUCUAUACCAAGGGCUGUGUGGGACAGUUUGAGAAGUGGCUUCAGGACAACCUGAUUAUUGUAGCUGGAAUCUUUGUUGGUAUUGCACUUUUACAGAUUUUUGGUAUCUGCCUCGCUCAAAACCUGGUGAGUGAUGUCAAAGCUGUCAAAGCCAACUGGUGACAUGAGAGGUGAAGUGAGGGAACCCCGCCCCUCAGGCCUAACCGAGUCAACACAGCACACUUAACAGUCCAGAGCCGAGAACAUUCAGCUCUGUCUAGUUUGCCACUGAGCUAAGCAGCACACACAUGCACUCACACUACACGUGCAGACACAAAGAAUUUAUCAGCGACACUUGAAGAGGGAGAAGAAUUCCACACAAACCAAACCAUUAACACUUUGUUUACCACUCAGCUGGGAUUUUAACCCAAAUAUACAGGGGACGGUCCUGCCUGCUUCAAAGUUAGAUUCUUUUUUUUCCUGUUUCCUCUGAUUUUGUUCUUCGGACAAGUGUAUUUAUGGGGCGCAGUUGCACAAGGACUCCUUUCAACUGGGAGAUUGGAAGCCAUGGAUGAAAGCAGGAGACAACAAAAAAGCAAAGGAAAAUGGACAAUAAGUCUCCUUUUUUAGGUCAAGCGUCCAACAUUGUCACAGAGCCUCUGUCCACUCAGUGAGGGGUUGAACAUCUCCUCCAACAAACAGCCUGUUUUUAACUUGCUUAUCCCCACUUCCUGCUGUAGGGAAGCGUGGGUUGCUGGCCAGCUGGCCAACAAACACAUGGAUUCCUCUGCGUGUCAUUUUUCUCCAUCGUGACCUUUUAUGACCACUGAAAAGACUGAACGCUGGCUGGUCAAGUCUGCAACUUCAAAAUGUAAAAAGUGCCAUUAAUUUCCAGUGAUAUUUUUAUCUCCUUCCUGUUCUUUACAUGGAAUUUCUGCACCAUGCCCCACAAUACCUCAGGGCCUGGCCGAAAAUAUAUGCUUUCUGCCACUGGUUAAAAGUAUAUCUAUUUUUUGCCAUCCAUGUCUGGUGAAUUUAGAUUAAUGCAGAAAAACACUGACAGGUCCUCGAAAGUCGCCCUGUUUGCCCUGCAGUGAUUGUAUUAUCUAUAGAUUUACUGAAGGAUAUUGUAUUGUAUUAUAUAGAAUGGCCUGGUGUGGUUAGGAUCGUAAGUCUAUGCUAUACAGGGAAAAGGAUUUAAUGAUAGUUGAGAUUGUUGUUUAUCGCUGAGCAUCCCUCAGGCACAUGGGAUUGCUGGUUUGGGGCCUUUUUACUUGACGUACGUUACCACAUUUGUCUUAUAUUUUGUCCUCUGCAUAUUGAAAUAAGAAUAUUUGUCUGUUAAAGAUGUCCUUUAUUCAUCCUUUAUUUCCUGUCCUUUCAUAUACACAGAUUUUUAUUCUGGGUUCAUUGUUUUACUUCACCAGCCACUUGUUUUACCUCUGAACCAUCAGUCAACUGCUUCUUAUUGUUGAUGUUGUUAGCAGUCCUAAUGGAGACCAAAUAAUAUCAGCUGGCCACAAGCUACCUGCCAAGGUUUUGUCUGGCUACAAUUCUGAUUUUGUUAGGAAUGCCAAGAAUAACAAAUACCAUUUCUAGAUAGCCAAAAUGUGAAUUUAUUAUCCCUUUUUAUGUGGGAAGUGCCAGUUGAAAUGAGAAAACAAAACUUAAAAGUGUUAUAGUAUCGCUUUUAUCUUUAAUUCAAUGUUGUGUAUUUUGUUUGGACUGGUUUUUAAAUAGAAUAGUUAAUACAUGCUGUUACCUUUUGAUAUUAGCAACAGCCUCAAUAUAACAUGAAUGCUGCUUUAACUUUGAGUAGAUUAUUCAUAUGUAGUACAGUAACCAAGCUAACAACAAGUUUCACAUGAUGGCAUUUGAACAAUUUGCCAUGUUGUUAUUGUUUCCAGGCUGAGGGAAUAUUCUGAUUAUUUGUUCUUUCUCAAGUUUACACUUUGUACUCAGAUUAUGUUGCCCUUUGUUGUUUAUUAAAAAAAAAACCUCUUGGAUCACAUUAUAAGUUGCCCUUGCAGCUUUUCAUCUUGUCCAUGAUCCUCACAGAAUGUAUUUUCAGAUAUGAGUGUGUUCACUUGAUUAUUUUGUACAUUUCUGUCUGCAUUUAACCACUACAGUUGUUUCUGGUUAUAGCAGAAUCAUUCAGAUAACACUGCACAGGCAGGAUUUGGGUGGGAUUUACUCGACCACACACACAGCUCCCUAUAUACACAAAACCUCGGCCAAAAAAAAACAAAACAUAUUGCAACGCACACAAGUUGAAAGAUGAAUAGCAUUAAUAUUCUGUGAACAGUGUACCAAAACGUUUUCUGCUUCACAGAGUCUGAUGUAGAAAAUAUAUAUAUAUAUAUAAAAAAUUUAAUGAGCUCAUUCAGUAACAGCACCUUAUGAUCACCUGCUGUGCAUACAUGUCACAUGUUGCUUUCACACACGCUCCCUCUUCAAAACACUACCUGAUCUGAGUGCACCUGUUUCAGAGCCUGUCAUUUUGAUGUAUUUUUAAACACGGGGCUCGUUUUGGAAAAAAAAAAGAGAGAGAGAAAACAACAGUCAUUUGAAUAGAAGAGAUCCAGUGCAACACAGUGCAUCUGUACGGAAGUGACAGAGUCGUAAUGACGUUUCUCAGUUGAAAUGGAUGAGUUUCCAUAGGAGAUUUUAGGUGUAAUCAGUGAGUACGAGCCUCGGGCAAUCGGAGAGAACAGACAGGGUUUUUUUUUCCUUCAUAUCAAAUGUAGAAACAUUUACAGGAUAAAACACAACUUACAGCUCUUGUAAAUUAUCACCCGAAGUUGCCACGUUUGCCUGAUGUGACAUGAUUUCUUUCAUCCUGCAAUUCGAAAUGUGUGUGGGCCUCUUUGAUUUCACUAACUGUUGUAAAUCAGUCUGUCCCACCUGAGUCUAGAAGAUCAGGACGAAACCAGUUUUUUUUCUUCUCCCCCUCCACACCUUUCUAGUUUAAUCUUUUGAAAAGUGGGUUGAAACAGAUAAUGUGUGAUUAAUUAUUUCAACAAAUCUUUGAAGUGUCUUUCAUUUUUCCUGAAAUUGCCGUUAAUUGGAAGUGUACGCCCAGGGUCUUAAACACCCCUUCCUCUCAUAAAAAGAAAAAAAAACACCCUCUGCUUAUGCAAGCGAGAAGAUUCUGUGUUGUAUGUGAUAAAAUGGAGGGCCCGCUGCCUUUUGAGUGAUGCUGAGGAUCUGGCUGAAGGCAGAUGGAGGCCACGGGUGUCAGUUCUGCUGCAGUACAGAGCUGCAGCUCUUAAACAAAAAGCACUCCUGCUCUCUCUGUCUUUCUCUCUCUCUGCAGCCACCUCCGUGUUAGGAAGGAUAUGCCAAUAAUCAGACAGUCACCUUGGUAAUAAGGACAAUAAUGCCAUAAUAAUCAGUUGUUGCAGCGCGGCAGGACUUUAAAAUGCAGACUCUGCAAAGGUGACUUACUGGAGUAUGUUUGUUUUAACAGCUUUGGGUAAUUCUGCUUUUGUAUUCCUUUAAUGUCGGGGAAAGGGGGAGGGAGAAAACAAUACUAAUUAUGCUUUGUCCUUUAUCAUAAUGGCCUUGCAUCAUGAAACACCCUCUUAAUUUCUCUGCUUUCCCUGUGGGCAGUUAAAUCAUUCCGAGGAGGAGCCUUAUGCAUACCAUGAAUGUAGAAGUCUGUAUCAGCAUGGACCUACUGCUCCACGCUCUGUUACCCUUAUGCAGCGCAAUGCACAAGACAAAUGAAGUUAAGGAAUGUGAAAUAGAGUUAUAGAUGUUCUGGUUUUUACAUUUUUAAAUUUGUUUUAACGAGCAUGAAAGCAGAUGAGCAUUCCAUUUCUUCUGUUUCCAGGUGUGUGUGCAGACGUACGUGGGGAAUUUUAUAUGCAAUCACAAAGCAUUUUAAUCAUCAGAAACAACCGUGUCUUGGUUCUUAAUCUCUCUUCAGUAGCAGUACACAGCGUGGAUAAGGUUUUGAUAAUCCGUUAUUGAUAUAAAACUUCUUUUGCUACAUAUGCGUUUCUGAAUGAUUUGACUAAAUUUCCUUCAUGCAUAUUAUACAAAGUGACUGUCAUUGUGACUCUGAUAAUCUGUCCUGUGAUUCCUUUCAAGCUUUGAAGUGUGCUUAUGUCUUGAGGCAUUUCUGUUGAUAUUUCUUACAAAGGUGAGCAGCACAUCAGACAUUCACAAGUCUUGCCUCAUCGUGUGCAGACGCCGGUCACAUCAGAGCACAGAGAAGCACCAUAAUUGACUUGUUUGUGAGCAUAUCAACAGCAAUGUCACAGUUGUUAGUACUGACAUUUCCAUACCAGGUCAUGGCAUUUGAUCAAGACACAAGCGGGAUCUGACUGGUUUUAAGUUGAAGAUGGGUUUUACAGAUUUGCUCACAGUUGAAGAAUAUGGAUACAGUAGUUAAUGAUCUUUUAGCCACACAAAAACCACUAUAAAUGUCUUUGUUCGGCUGAGCAACAAAAACAUUUCUUCACAGUUUUACUUACAGUUUGUCAGUUUUUAGUUGUAGCAGAAUACAACAAACAAAACCAUACUGUCUAUCCACUCUGUUUAGACCUGUCUACUCAGAUGGGUAGCCUUGUAAAGAAAUGUUGUAUAUGAAAACUGUGGGACAUGGUCUGUUACACUGUAUAUUGUGUUAAAAUCUGCCUCCUUCCUAUAUUAAAUGAUUUAUGAUAACA